CUCAGCGUUGCGAUGUAAGUGUAGUGUUGUGAUGUUACAUAUGAAAGUUGACACAGUGCGGUUGACUACAGUGUCAGGAGAAUAAAUAAUGCGUUUCUGACCGGAAGGAGCCCUCAAAGGGAGGAGAAAGGAGGAUAAAGCGCACUGGAUUGAGCACGGAUGAGUCCAAAUCAAACCUGUUUGACUUCUUCCUUUCUUCCUCCUGAUGGAAGUUGACAACUGCUUCAAACCACACCUGGAUUCACGUCCCAAGGAUUAUGUUAAACCACUGAGUUUGGUCAUGGAUGAUCGUGGAUCGCAGUCCCAUCCGCGAAGCUCUGGUUUGAGGGUGUCAGCCAAAAAUAAAGCCCCGUCCCCGCCAGGACUGAAGAAGUUGAAUUCUUCAGGUUUCUCUCAGUGGCACCCAGGAAACCCUCAUUUAAGCAUGGACCAGAAGGAGAACCUGAUCGAUAAAGAGCUUUCUCUCACUGUGGUUCUGCCUGGAGGAGUGGAAAAGUCCACAGUGGUUCAUGGAAGUAUACCCCUAAUGGACCUAUUAGUGACACUUUGUGCCAAAUAUCACCUGAACCCAUCGAGCCACACUUUAGAAUUGGCCACAUCCAAGAGAAACAACAUCAAGCUCAAACCCAACGCUCUCAUUGGAACGUUGGAUGCUGAAAAGAUCAUACUGAAACCUAAAGGGGAGGAUACAAACAAAAAAACGGGCCCCCAGAUGCCUGAGGCUACUGUUCGGAUGGUGAUAAACUACAAACAGASCCAGAAAACGAUAUUACGAGUAAACCCUCGGGUUCCCCUACAUGAGCUCCUACCAUCAAUAUGUGAGAAAUGUGAAUUUGACAUUGAGACUACAGUUCUGUUGAGAGACGUCACAUCACUGGACCCAUUGGACUUGUCCAACUCCCUAAAUGAUUAUGCAGUACGAGAGGUUUAUGCAAAAGACACAAAAAGGCAAGCUGYGUCUCCCAUACGCCCGACCUCACCAAUGUGUUCAGGAGCAGUGACACCAAGCAAAGAUAAAAAUCAGAAGGAGAAGGAAAAUAAAGGCCUGUUUAGCAUGUUUCGAAAAAGCAAGAAAAAGGCAKCGCAGGCAACGACAGCCAGCGCCCCGGCCUCUCCUGUCCUCGUCAGCAGACCUCGGCCCCUCAGUGUGGCUUUACCUAUCUCAGAUUCCUCCCCUCUCGGCUCUUCCAUGUUCUCCGAUGUGCCGAAGAAGAGACGCGCGCCCCAACCCCCAGUCCACGUCUCUCAAGGCUUUCACUCAGACUUCAGCACCCGCCGGAGGCUCUACUCUGAGCCGAACCCCCUUCCUGAUGGCGAUCAGGUGGCAGGUCUAAGUCGUGGGUCCUCAGCAGAGUCUUCACUGAGGAGGACCAAACGCAGGGCUCCUCCACCUCCAAGUUCUCCAAGCCCCGUUCUACAAGAAACUGUUUCAGAAGAUCAACAAGAGACUGUGGCUGCUAACACGCUGCAAGAGAUCAUGGAGCAGGAGGAGACAAGCGGGUCUGCAACAUGUGCAGCUGCUUGCAUUACCCAGGAAGCGUUCAGUCGUCCCGCCGUGUCGUCUGAAGUCUCAUUCCCUUCGCCUUCCCUAGAUGUUAGGUGCAGCGGCACAGUGGAGGAGACUGGGGAAGAUCAGUUUCCUGAUCUGUCCUCAGAUGGCAAUCUGCUGGAAAGUAUUAUAAACGGUUCUGCAGAUCUAAGUGAAAAGAAAAUUGAAAUCACAGACACACAUGAACUGACAGUUACCGGUAGUGGACCACCUGAAGAUGGCUCACAGUCCAACUGCAAAGAGUCUGCAGCGGGAAGUGCUGAAGGUGAUCGCAGCGUUAGCAUCCAACCUCCACCCGAGAAGAAGAAUGCAGAAGUGCAGGCCUCCAGUCAAGCAAACACUGAAACCCUUCAAGAGCUGACCGAUGGCUCGGAGAACUCGGCGUCCACCGGCACGCCAUCCCCCACUGGAGGAGACGCUCAAGCGCAAACCGAUUUCACAAGACGCUCCGUGCCGCCUCCUCGGCAUCAAGAGGACAAAGUGCCUUCAUCAGCACAGCCACUUGCUGUACAAACUGUGGAGAAAAAAGACAUAGCCACUCUGACAGAGGAGCUUGAACCCUCUGACCUGAAACCUGCCUCAUUCCAAACUUCAUCAUGCCAAGACUCGACGCCAAGUGUGCCUGCUGCUUUGAAAGCAUCGCCUAUGCAUACCACAAACUCUGAGCCAAAACCUAAGCCUUCCAAUGAGCUGACAAGGGACUACAUCCCCAAAGUGGGGAUGACUACUUACACUAUUGUGCCUCAGAAAUCUCAUGAUAAACUGAGAUACUAUGAAGUUGCACUGACACUGGAGGCUGCUUCUAAAACUCCAGGAGAGAAGCUUGAUCUUGGUUCGCUUGAUUUAAAUGAGAGCACAGAACAGGAGGGACAGACUGAUGUUUCAAAAGAGAAAUGUGAGCUAGGUUUGAAUUUACCCAGGGAUGAAUUACUGACUAGCACAGUAACCACCACUACUACUACUAAUGCUGCUACUACUACUACUCAACACACUGUAAAUGGAAGUAUACCCGAACCUACUCAUUCCUCUUCACCAACAGCCUUACGAAGCCCAGACAAGAUCUUCUCCUCUGCUAAUCCAGUGUCUCCACCAGCUUCCCCAGCAGAGGUCAAGGAAAUGAAAAUUCCACCUGCAACAAAACCCAAGCCUGCUUCUCUCCGCUUGGCACAGCACAAAAAAACACCUGGAUAUUAUGUAACUUCAGCUGCUGAGAAAAGCCUCGGCGCCGGUCCUGGCUCUGGGCUCAAGGAGACUCGAGGGAGUGCCGAAGGCGCGGCGCUGCCAUCCCCUCCUCCUCCCCCUCCUUCUCCUACUUUUCCUCUGCCUCCACCUCCUGUAGAGUUUCACGAGGAGGCAGCACAGGCCACGGAUGUUCAGUCCAGCCCCCAGCAGGACGGCGAGAAUGUAUCCUCUGUGAGAAUGACGAGGCAAAGCAGCCUGCCGUCUAGAGAGCCAAGUGCGGGGCUAAGCUUGGAAAAAUUCAGGAGCUUUGCAGCUCCCAGACCAUUUGUUCCGCCGACUCCUUCCCGCUUCGCCCAGGCAGUGUCCUCCGCUGUGAAACGGAGCCAGGCUCUAUCCCACGGGCCAAACUUGUCUCCCACGUCUGUGUUUCCACCCGUUUCUCCAAUUACACGCCACUCAUCAGUCUUAGAAUCAGAAGGAUUGUCCGAAUUUGAGAGUGAAGAGGUUGUUGAGACCAGACCGUAGCUGGGCUGUAAAUCUGACAGCACAUCAGCCACAGAGGACCUCGUCUUUUUUACUUUGAAUUCAGAUUUUUAUUUUAUUUUAUUUUUUAACUCAAGGCACAAAAGAAGAAGCUGUCUUUUGUGAUGCCUCUUUUUUGGUCUUCGCCAGUGUACAUAAAAGGAAUUAUUUUUUAAAAUUAAUCAUUGGUUAAUUUUCUCACACCAUUGAGUAAUAUUCUUGCUGUUUUUAAGUUUCUUUUAUUUUGUGUGGUGCAUUUAAUGCAAAGGGUUGAAAGCGAGAAAUGAGAGCAAUACUAUAAAUUAUUUGAAUAAUUGUAACGUUAUUGGGUUUAUUAAAAAAUGUAUUAUUUGAAUGAAUAUUACUGGAUGAGUAGGACAGACCAGGUCUGACMUAUGGUAAAUAUUUCAUAGAUUAUAAUUCAGAUUUAUAUUUAAGUAUGGACGUUUUGAUUAAAACACGUAAAGAGAAGUACACAGAUGUGUACACUUGUUUUUGAGGAUGUGUGUCGCUAUAAUUAAAGCUUUUAUGUCACUUGGCCAA